AUGCCGCGUAUUAUAAGGCGAGCUGCGUCUGGAGCUACUACUAGUGUUGCUGGUGCAUCAUCGACUUCAUGCGGAAGGUCAUAUAGAAGUGAAAUUGCGUAUGGCCAACAUUCUGAACAUGAGUCUUUGGGCGCCUCUACCAGCCGGAUCACUCUGUCCAACUCCGUAAACAUUAAGACGAUUGAUGGGCCGACUUCUCAAGCGCCUAUCGCCGUCAAAGGUAGAAGCAAGAAACGUGCAAACGCGAGCAGCAGGGAUGGUGGCGACGCCGAAGAUACGAAGCCAAAGACGAACAGAAGAAGGACUGCAAAGGAUGUGGAUGCUGAGGGAAAAGAAGCAUCGUCGAAGCCGAGGUCACCAGAGAAGCGCGGUGCAAUGAUGAGGAGUAGGCCUCCGAAGGCAAUUGUUGAGCGUUAUCAACGAGUUCUUUCGCAGAGGUUGUUCAUGAUUGAUCGUCAACGAAAUGGGAACGAGCUCAGGGAAGAGUUCAGUGUCCUUGGCUCUACAGGAAAUGCAAGUCCUACUACGUAUCGUUAA